UUCACAUUGCACCGGUUGAAGACUUCCUUGAAAGGACCAUUUUGUUCUUCAUUUUUUAGCCAAUUAAAUAAGGAAACAUUGACUGUUUUGGUACAAUGUCAUCUCAUUCAAUUGAUAUUUGAAAAUGUCAAAUGUUGCUAAGAUAGCACAGAUCUCUUUACUUAAUGCCAGGAAUUGUUUACAGACUGAGAAUUAUGGACGAGCAUUUGCAAAUUUUCUGUUGUAUUUAAAACUUAGAUCUGACUGUGCGGCAGAUGUCUACACUGAAUUCGCAUUAGCUACAAGAGAAUGGUGUGAGCAACUUGAGGAGCAGAAAAGACUUCAAGAUCUGUUUAAAUGCUAUGACCAAGCAUGUGAACUUUAUCCUGACCAUGAUGUUGUUCUCAACAAUAUUGGUGCUCAGUUGUUCAGGCUUGGUUAUGUUGAGGAGGCAGCUGCCUAUAUAAGGAAAUCGUUGCUUGUCAACCCAAAUUAUCUAGCAGCAAGGGAUAAUUUGGAGAAUGUAUGCAGCCACUUGGUUGAGAGAUGGCAUUUUUCAAUGCUUAAUGAUAAAAGACGUAAUAUUGCAUUCAAAUUUGCUAUUGACAAAGCUAUUAAGUCAGGCUACAAUACUGUGCUGGACAUUGGGACAGGAACAGGAAUUUUAAGUAUGAUGAGUGAAUUUUCUGGGGCUGUUGAAGUGACUGCAUGUGAUGGAUCUCGUGCUAUGAUUGAUGUAGCACAUGAUGUUCUCCAAGCUAACGGUGUCUUCCACAAAAUUAAUUUGCUUCACAAACAUUCCACAGACAUUGAAAUUCCGUCACACCUCUCUUCAAGCGUAAAGUUAGUGGUUACAGAAACCUUUGAUGCUGGUUUAUUUGGGGAACAUAUUGUCUCUACUCUAAUACAUGCCUGGAAAAACCUCAUAUCUACAUCACCAAUGGGAACAGUUAUACCAUGUGGGGCCACCAUGUAUGUUUGUGGAAUUGAGUGUGAAACUAUAAGAACUCAGAGCAGAUUACUGUAUCCAGUAUUGCAGAAUCUUGAUGUAAGUCACAUAAACUUGUUAUGUAACACUGGUCAUAUUGCCGAGGAACCUUAUACAACGGAAAACUUGGCAAAGAUCAGGGGAGGCUAUAAGAUACUCACCAACAUUGUAGAACUACUCAGAGUGAGCUUUUGCAACCUUUGUGAGCUGGAAGCUUUACACAAAGGUAAAGAUUGGUUAUGUGAUUUAUUUGUGAAGCAAGAUGGCCGCCUUGAUGCUCUUGCUGUAUGGUUUGACCUUCACCUUGAUGACACAAUCACUAUAGGGACAGGGGCAGAUAAGAAGAGUUGCUGGGAACAAGCAAUUUAUCCUGUUACCUCCAUUAGCAGGAAACAAUCCAACAGUCAUGAAAAUUGUCAUGUAAAGAGAAAAGAGAAAGUGAGAGCAACAUUCCAUUAUGAAUGUGACUGUCUAAGACUGUCCAAAUGUGAAGCAGCGCAGAACGAACAGUUUAAAACCACAUUAGCAAAACAUGUUAAGGACCACAACCUUGCUACAAGUAUAUCUAAAACUAGUGACUUAUUUAAGACAUGUAGUGGAACAUCGGUGAAAGAAUGUAGUACAAAUUGUUUACCUUUCCGGAAAAGAAAAGUAGAAAGUUGUGAGUCGGAUAUAUACACUUGUAAUUGUGAAGCUAAUAUAGAUGGUAAUGUACUAGAUGGUGAGAAUGUAUUAGAGAAUAAGAGGACAAACAUUUGUGAUGAUGUUGAGACAGGGGGUAUAGGAAACACUCAUUACAGUCAAUGUCAUAAUGUUGAUACAAACUGCAGUGCAAGUCAGGAAUUUGAAAAUUGUUCUAAUAUAACAAACCUGUGUACAUUAGAAGAGAAUAAAACUGACAAUUAUGAACAGGUAGCAGCAUGUAUAAACCAGGAGAUUGACAUCAUUUCUAAUCCAUGUGUCAUUGAAAAUAAUGAAAAAAGUACCUCAUUCUUAGAUGUUGACAGAGAGAUGGAGAAAUGUUCUCUAGACAUAAAUAAUACUGAUACACAUGUUACAACAAGCAUUGUUGGUAGAAAAACUAGGCUAACUGAAACAUUUGAUGCAAUGCCUCCUCUAGAGUAUAUGGAUAGUGUUACAGUGGCUGGGAAAUAUUCACACACUGUUCCCAAGUUGAUUUCAUAUGCUGAGCAAGUUGACAUUGAAUAUGUGAAUGACAUACAACUGAACAGACAUUACUGCCAUGUGCUGGAGUCCUAUAGGGCACAAAAACCAGGCUCAUAUUUGUCAUUUCUCUACAUUUCUCCUCAUUUAUCAUUCUUGGGCAUUCAGGCAGCCAAAAUGGGUUAUAAUAGGGUCACCAUGGCAACACCAGAAGAACAUCAUAAUACAUUACACCAGGUGGCAGCACUAAAUGGUUGCAAACCAGGGGAGAUAAUUCUGACAGAGUUGUCUGACUUGAAUGACCUUGAAAUGAAAGUGGAUGUGAUUGUAUGUGAUGUGGUUGAGCCAUGCGGUGCUCUUAGACAACAAGUGUUUGAAGAUCUAGUAUAUCAUAGGAUAGCAAGUUUAAAAAAGGAUGGUUUGAUUCUUCCUGCUGAGGUAAAAAUUCACGGGCUAUUUAUAGAGUCUGAAGAACUUGAAAGCUUGAGUCAUGUGACAGGAAAUGAUAGGACUCUAGGGUUUCAGAUUGCAGACUUCAUCAAUGUUUUCCAGAUGCAAAAUCACAUGAAUAUUGAUAUGACAAGCCUGAAUUAUACUCGACUUACUGAUGUACAAGAAAUUCUUACCAUUGAUAUAAGUGGAAUCUCUGCAAAAACUACAAAAAAUGACCUUGAACAAACGGUUGAAAGGUCAGUUGAGGUUGUGACCUCUGGGAAGAUCACAGCUUUAGUAUACUGGUUUGAAUUGAGGUUAAACAAAGACAUUGUGAUCAGCACCUUGGAUUCUCGUUGUCAUUGGAAACAAGCAGGCAUUAUCAUUAAAGAUGAUGUUUCCAUGGUAACAGGGCAACAUAUAGUUUCUAAGAUCACAUUACAAAACAGCUGUUUAGAUGUGAAAAUCAUACAACCAAACAAUGUGAAUGGACAAGCUUAAAGCCAAGUUCAUUAACCAGUUUGAAGAUGCAUUGGCUGGCUUUUUUGUUUAAUGUUUUACAGGAAAAGAUCGAAGAUAUUACAGUAAUAGAUUGAAUAUAUCAAUGUACAGUUCAUAAAAGAAUAAUGUUUUAAAGUCUGUUGUUUGUUUUAUCUCUGCACUUACAUCCAAAUCAUUUGCAUAAUUGUGAAUCAGCCAAUAAGAUUCUAUAUUAAAUGAAUUUAAAUAUUUUAUAAUUAGUCAAUCAGUUUCAAUUUUGUGAUUAGGUCAAAUGUAUGAAUGCUAAGCAACAUUGUCGAAUCAAUAUUAAUUUACUGAGUGUAGAAGAUAUUUUGCUAGCAUAGCUGAUAACAUUAUUAUGAAAUUAAAAGAAUUAAAACAAGGAAAUUAUCACGGAUUAUCUUAGAUGUAAAUAGUGUUGAACUUAUACAGGAAUGAUCUUUGAAUGGUCCUCUGACAAUUCCUCAAAUGGUCCAUGUCUGCUGCAAUAAAAGAAGGACCUGUAAAGGACAUGUCCACAAACCACUAUGAAGAUUUUGAUGAAACUCCAGAGGAAUGAUCAUUAAGUGGUCCUUUAAGAAGUUACUAAUAUCUUUCUUGUUGUUUAACAAAAUUAGCCGCCAGAGUUCAAAAUAGAAAUUAGCCACAUGUAGUAUAUUUUGAUGAAACUAUAAUUCUAUUGUGUUUUACAAGAUAAAUAUAAAACACUUUCAACAACAUCACUGCCAUUGGGUAUAUUUUAGUGAAACUUAACAUAAAUGAUCAUAGGCGGCCUUUUACCAAAAUCACUGAAAUUGUUACAGUCUGCUGAAGAAAAAUGGC